GCCCGUUGCCGUCUGUGGGUGUUCUGGGCGGAUGCGUGUUCUGCUUGCGGCCCUUCAUAUUGUUAUUUUCUGGGAGUUCGAGUGACGCUCUGUUGCAAUCUGGUUGCGGAAGUGAAGCGCUUUCGUUCGUUACCUGCCCAUCGGCAGGUGGCGUUUAGAUUUGUGGGACUACCAAUCGUCCGGGUCAACGUUACCAGAAUAGCAGACGCCGGACAGGAACCACCCGGCCGUUAUCGGGAGCAGGUGCUUCUCCCUGGCUUGAAGUCAGGUUUUCGUUUGGUGACAACAUUGGUGAAGGCUAUUGUUACCAAUGGAGCAAGAGUCCAGCAAGGAAGAGAGCUCCGGCCGCCAAUCACAACAACCUGUUGGUGGCACUGCAAUGGAAACAGCAUCUGAAGAGGAGAGUGAGGACAAGUAUCUACCACCAGGUCUGGCUGAGUACGGUGAUCACUACUACUCAACCAAUGCACCUCAUCCAGACCUGGUGAGAGCAUGUGAAGAUGACGAUGUGGAACAAGUCCGACAAACCGUGAAUAGCGGCACUCCAACUGAACCUGUGACUAGACCGGAUCUCUUGGAACAAGUGCCGAAGCCAUACUUUCGCGUUUGGAAGUUUAGUGAGAGAAUUCCCAUGACAAUCAUGGCUCUUCUGAUGCUGGCAGCAUGCUACUAUGGCAGCAUUCAUUGUGUCCAGUUUUUACUGUGGUGUAAUCCGUCGCUCUUGCACGGCAAAGUUAUGUUCAAUGUCAAUAAUGAGCCACGACAGUACUGCCGCCCAGUAUCACUUCUACAUGUCUGCGCGUUCCGUGGACAUAAAGCACUGUGUGAGCUGCUGAUAAAAAAUGGUGUCGACGUUAAUGUCCAAGAUCAGGUGAGCUUUGGAGGUGGAAUGCACCAAUCAAAUACGCUUUGCAACACACUCUUGUGA